AUGACUACGAACGAUGGUCCCAUCGCCAAGGAAAAACCUAGUGUAUCGAAGGAGGAGAUGGAGAGUUUAAAGCAAUAUCUCAUUGGUAUUGGUGCACGUAUUUAUAACGAAUAUGAUUCAGUCAUAAUGAAGGGUUUUGCUGUUGAAAUGCCUGAAGAAAUUGCAACAGCUUUGUCAGAAGAUAAAAAUGUAGAAUUAGUAGAACCGGAUCAAACUG